AAACAAAUAACAAGAAAAUUUAACCAAAAGUAGAACAAAAGAAAUUAAAAAUAACUUUGUUCAAAGUAAACCGAUUGGUCAUCCGCCUUUAAAAAUUUAAGACCUGAUACGUUAAAAUUAUUUUCUUGUUGGAAACUUUAAGAAAAGGCUAAACAGAAUGUCUGUACGUCAUGAUUGGUAUCAAUCGGAUGCCAAGGUGGUCAUCAGUGUAAUGCUUAAGAAUGCCAAAGAUAAAAACUACAAAGUUGACAUUGAGAAACAACGAGUCCAUAUGACAGCUGAGGGUUAUGAACUGGAUCUUAAACUGUUUGCACCCAUAAAUGUGGAACGUUCUUCGUACAAAGAUUAUCCGUCCAAAGUGGAAAUCACAUUGGCCAAAGAGGUGGGCAUACGCUGGGAUUCUUUGGAUGAGAAAACAGAACCCAAGCCGAUAAUGGCGCCACCACCACCCAUACACAAAAAAGACUGGGACAGUUUGGCUAAAGAAGUCGAAAAGUCCGAAGAGCAAGAGGCUCAAAGUGAAGAGGCCCUACAGCGUCUAUUUAAGAAAAUCUACAGUUCUUCCUCUCCUGAAGUACAAAAAGCCAUGAAUAAAUCAUUUUCCGAAUCCGGUGGUACAGUGCUGAGCACAAAUUGGAAUGAGGUGGGUAAAGAUAAGGUAGACGUUAAACCUCCCGAAGGAUGUGAAUUUCGUAAAUGGGAUUAGUUGCUGAGCAAAGAAGUCUUAAUAACCAAGUACACAAUAACGAAUGAAUGUUUGACCAAUAGGGACCGAAAACAUGUUGAGAAUUCACUCUAAUUAAAAAAAGAUAUUGCAAAUAAAAAAUAACUAUAAUUAACUUUA